ACGAAUCACAGGUACCUUAGGUGGUUUACAAGCUGUGCUCUUGUCACUGUCUGUGGCUUUGCUUACUCCACACCCUACUGGACAAGCCACACAUUUAAUGUCACACCCACUUGACUCAUACCGGCACCACUUUCUGCGCACAAAAGGCCAGCCUCAUUCGCCCCUUCUAACCAGCACAGCCCACAGGCAAAAUAGUACCCCUGUUCCAUCCAUUAGAUCACCGAGCAGCAAAGUGCCCAGUAGAACCCGCAGAAGCCCAAAGCCAUUUUGCGCUCGCGCACAAUAAAGCCCCGUCAACAUACCGCCCACUCUCUUCUCCCCUUCCUACUUUGACAACUUCGACUUCCGCCACCCCCCUCUCCAUCCCAUACCGCUGAGAACCGGAAUUCUCACGAGUAGCCAAGAUGCCCAAGAACAAGGGAAAGGGAGGAAAGAACCGCAGACGUGGCAAGAACGAGUCCGAUCACGAGAAGCGUGAGCUCACCUUCAAAGAAGAUGGCCAAGAAUACGCCCAGGUCGUAAAGAUGCUCGGUAACGGCCGCCUCGAGGCCCAAUGUUUUGACGGCGUCAAGCGCCUCGCCAACAUCCGCGGCAAGCUCCGCAAGAAGGUCUGGAUCAACCAGGGAGACAUCAUCCUGCUCUCCCUGCGUGAGUAUCAGGACGAUAAGGGCGACGUCAUUCUCAAGUACACCGCCGACGAGGCCCGUUCCCUCAAGGCCUACGGCGAGCUGCCCGAGUCCGCAAAGAUCAACGAGACGGACACGUACGGCGCCGAUGGCGACGGCGAUUGCAACUUCGAGUUCGACGACGACCGCGAUUCCGAGGAGUCCGAGGACGAGGCUGCUGGUGGCGCAAGCGGCAAGAAGGAUGUCGACAUUGACGACAUCUAAAAUGUGUUGCCUCAUGUCCGUUACCUUUUUCCUCCCUCGCUCGCGCGUGUCUCGAGAAAGCCCCGAACCCUUCCCAUCUCUCAAUAGAUCGUCUUCUGCUGCAAGGCCGAGGGUAGGAACGCUGUCUUCUCUCUCAAAUCCGGCGACCGUCGUCACUGUCGACUGCUGGGUUCCGCGACAGUCAAGGUGUUCGGGGUGGUGCGUUGGACGGCCAUGGUGGGAGAGACGUCAUGGCUCGUCGGAUCAUCUGGACGAUAGACUUACUUUUGAUUGCGCCUCAUUAAUUGAAUACGCUUGGCACGGGGUCUUGGACCACGUUCCUCAAAGUUACCAAACGCCCUUUGAAU